AUGGAGGACGACAAGUCGCAACCACCUACGCCGGACAAUUCUGGAUAUCCCGUCAACUUCAGAGUCAUUGCUCCACGCUUAUACAGGUCGUCUUACCCUCAGCAUGAACACUUCGCGGUCCUAGGGGAUCUCGAGCUCAAGACAAUCGUAACGCUGGUGCCCGAGGAUCUUCCCUUAGAAUAUGCCAACUUCAUCUCGUCCAAUGGCAUAACUCAUCACCACAUCCCGAUCCUCGCCAACAAGGACGAGAAAAUCUUUACUCCGAACGAGACCGUCGAACAAGUCCUAGCUCUCAUGCUCGAGCCAGCCAACUUUCCAAUGCUUAUACAUUGUAACAAGGGCAAACAUCGGACAGGCUGCAUGACGGCCUGCUUCCGUCGAACCACGGGCUGGCCCCUAGAGGAAACGAUUGCUGAGUACGUCAAAUACUCGGAACCGAAAUCGCGCGAUCUCGACAAAGCCUUCAUAUCGAGAUUCGACUCAGCAGGGCUGAAACCUCUUGCGUAUGAUCGCGGAUAUAUCGGAGGAGUGUAUGGGCCUCAUGUGUUUACUAGCACGCAUUCCAGCAUUUACAGCAACGCAAGCAUCGAGACAGAUACAACCAUUGCGUCAGAAAUUGCAAAAUCAGGCCCAAAGAACGAAUAUCAUGAAAAGGCCUUUCGACAACGAGAUGCUGAUCUUGAGAGCUCACGGCUUUGGUCGCACAAAUGA